AUGAAUUCCAUGGCUAUUUUGGGUUUUUUAGUUGUGGGUUUUCUCUCAAUUGCUUCCUCCGUCAAUGGCGAUGGUGGUUGGGUUAAUGCACAUGCCACCUUCUACGGCGGUGGUGAUGCCUCCGGCACAAUGGGUGGUGCUUGUGGGUAUGGGAAUCUGUAUAGUCAAGGGUAUGGUACAAACACAGCAGCGUUAAGUACUGCUUUGUUCAACAAUGGUUUGAGCUGUGGUUCGUGCUUUGAAAUCAAGUGUGUGAACGACCAUCAAUGGUGUUUGCCGGGGUCUAUUAAGGUCACCGCCACCAACUUCUGCCCACCGAACUCCGACGGUGGGUGGUGCAACCCUCCUAACCAACACUUCGAUCUCUCUCAGCCUAUCUUCCAACAUAUCGCUCAAUACAAAGCCGGAAUCGUCCCUGUUGCUUACAGAAGGAUUCCAUGUGUUAGAAGGGGUGGAAUUAGGUUCCAAAUCAAUGGACAUUCGUAUUUCAAUUUGGUGUUGAUUACAAAUGUGGGUGGCGCCGGUGAUGUUCAUUCGGUGGCAAUUAAAGGGUCAAAGACUGGGUGGCAACAAAUGUCAAGAAACUGGGGGCAAAAUUGGCAAUCCAACAAUUAUCUCAACGGGCAGAGUCUUUCUUUUAAGGUCACCACAAGUGAUGGUAAAACCGUGGUCUCUAACAAUGUCGUCCCUUCCGGUUGGUCUUUCGGGCAGACCUUCGCCGGUGCCCAAUUCAGAUGA